CGCUAGACCGGAGAACCCAAAAUUCGGCAAAACAUUUCAAACACAGAACGAACGAACGAAUCCCUCUCCACGGAUCAAAAACCGAAUCCAACGCUGCCUAGGGUUUGGUCCGCCUUUCACUUACCCACCCCGCGACGCCCACCCAUGGCCGCCGCCGCCGCCGCCGCCGCCGCCGCCGAUGUGCCCGCCGAGGCCGCCGCCAUCGCGCGGCGCCUGGCCUCCUGCAACACCGGCACCCGGGAGCGCGCUGUCCGCUACCUCCUCUCCGACUUCCUGCCGGCCUCCGCGCGGCGCCUUUCCGCCACCGACCUCAUCAAGCUCUGGAAGGGCCUCUUCUUCUGCUUCUGGCAUGCCGACAAGCCGCUCUACCAGAGCUCCGUCGCCACGCGCCUUGCCUCCGCCGUCUCCGCCCCGCCGUCCCCCACCGACGGCGCCGCCUUCCUUGCCGCCUACCUCACCACGCUCCGCCGCGAGUGGGCACACAUCGACGUCCACCGCCUCGACAAGUUCUACCUCCUCAACCGCCGGUUCCUCCACCACGCCUUCCUGCUCCUCAGCGCCAACUCCUUCGCCCCCGUCGUCACCUCCCAGGUCGUGUCCGUCCUGUCGGAUAAGGCCCUGCUCCCGGAAGCCGACAGCGCCGCCGCCGGCACCUCCCGGGGCCUCGGGUACCACGUCGCCGAGGCAUUCCUAGACGAGCUCUUGCCUGUGCUCCCCGUUACCCUGGAGACGGUGGACGCCCUGCUGGCUCCGUUCUUCAUCGUGUUGGCGAAGUCGACCGAUCGGGUGAUGGUGAGUAAGGUGAAGACAUGCGUGUUUGAGAGGUUACUGGAGAGUGGCAGUCGUUUGCUUGAGAUGGUGAAGAAAGGGGAGGAGGUGGACAAGGGUAGCGCUGAGGAGAAGCUCGGGAAAUUUGGGUUACUGUUUGGAUUUAGCAAGAGGUUCCUGGAUAUUGGUGCGAAUGCAGCGACGGUGCAAUGGAACCGGAAGGUGCUCUUUGGGUUGAGGGAUGCAUUUGUGAAGAUUGAGAAGGCUUUGCAGCUAUCUGGUCUCGAGAUCCCUGUGCCACAGUUUGAGGCUGCUGAGCUGUCCGUGCAACCAAAUGCGGGCGAUGAAAAGGCACAAAAGAAGAAAAAGACGAAGAAUGUUGCAUUGGCUGAAGGUGAGAUGGGGGAUGCCAAGGAUUUGAAGCGUGAGAAGAAGGUAAAGAAAGACAAGAAGGUGAAGAAAGAGAAGAAGAAAAAGAGGAAGGUGGAGGUUGUUGAUGAAGGGAACACCACCGAUAAGAGUACUGAUGCUCCUGUAGAUGAUCAGCAGAUCGGUGAUGGUGCUGAUGGCAUUACAUUUGAUGAGACAUUAAAGUCCAAUCUUCAGAAGCAGUUUGAGAUGGCUGCAGCAGAAGCUGGUAUGGUCAAAGGGGGCAGCAGCUCAAGCGCUUCACCAGUGACACCAGUCAGUGGGAAAGUGGCAACAAAGAGGAAGCGCUCAAAGUCUGCCGAUAAGCUGUCUGAAGCUUCUGAUGGGGGUGAUGGCAGCGAAGUGUUUGAGGCUGCCACCUUCGGCUACUCCAAGGGGAAGUGCUCUAAAAAAGGGCGUAAAGCCAGGUCCCAUAACACCGACACCAUUGAGGAAGGCGAAGCCUAAGGCAAAAUCUGCAAAGAAGGUCUUGAAGAAGCAACCUUCAUCUGCUGUGAAGCGCUUGCGGAAGUUGCAGAGUUUUUCAGCAUGAGCUUUUGUAUCUUUUUUGUUCUGGGCUUAUCAUUACUUAGUUCUUAUCCUUUUUGUAGGUUAGUUUUAUACUAAGUUGACUUCUCUGCCAGUUCAUAAUUUGAUGGAUUGCUUAAUGAUUUGUGUUGUCACCUUGCUUUUAUGAUAAUCAUGUGGUGAUUGCAACAGUA